AUGCGCCGCCCACCACGGCUCCGAGGAGCCUCCUCGCCCUGGCUCGCAUGGCGUUCCCUCUGCGCCACCGCCUCCGCCAUCCCCAUUCCCGCCGCGCCGCCCCACCAAACCGAUCCCCUGUCUGCCCACUUCUCCAACCGCCCCGCCGCGCGCGACCCCGCCGUCGUGGAGAACCUCACCUCCACCCUCCGCGCGCUCUUCGCCUCAUCCCCGUCCCACCCGCGUGCCUUCACCCUCCUCAAGUCGGCCGCCUUCGACGCGGGCCUCGCCCCGGGCGCCCUCGUCAACGCCGUCCUCUCAGCCGCGGCCGGCCCUCACUCCGGCUCCCCCGUCGCAGCCGUUCACGUGUCCCUCCUCAGCCGCCUCCUCACCUCCCUCUCCCGCGCCGGCCGCGCCAGCGCGGCCGCCGACGCCUACGCCCACAUGGUCGCCCGCGGCGUUGUCCCGGACGUCAAGUCCCGCACCGACCUGCUCGUCACCACCGCGCGCUGCUCGUCGGCCCGGGACGCGCUUGCGCUCUUCGCGGAGAUGCGGGGGAGGGGCGACCGCGUGGACGCAUGGAUGUUCGAUGCGCUCAUGCGGGCCUGCGUCAAGGAAGGGAUGCUCGAGGAUGCUGUCAGGCUGUUUGAUGAAAUGCCCGGCGCUGAGAUCGAGCCCGACCAGCGCGUCUACGCUCUCGUGAUCGCGGCACUGUGCAAACUGCGUGAUGCUGACCGCGGGCUCCUCCUCCUUGGGGAGAUGAAGGAGGCUGGCUUCGAGACGUGGGACUUCACCUACAGGUCUGUGGUGGAUGUGCUUGUCAAGGUGGGGAGGAUGGAGGAGGCUCUGCGGGUCAAGGACGAGAUGCUGUCCGCCGGCAAGAAAAUGGAUGUCGUUCUCGCGACGAUUUUGAUGCAUGGGUAUUGCUUGCGAGGCGAGGUUGAGAAAGCUCUGGAUCUUUUCGACGAGACCCUGGCGAAUGGUAUAUUGCCAACUAAUGUGACGUAUGGGAUGCUUAUAAGAGGCUGUAAUCAAGCUGGGAUGACACAGAAGGUGUAUGUGCUAUAUCGCCAGAUGAGAGGGCAGGGGCUGUUGCCAAGUUCACACGAGUUCAGUUUGGUUAUGAAGGGCCUGUUGUGUGAUAAACGGUGGGAAGAUGCUGUAAGCUUGUGUAUGGAGAUGGCUGAUUCUAGGCUACCGGAUGUCUUCACGUACAAUGGUCUAAUUCGUUGGCUCUGCCAGCAACACAAGCUCAGCGAAGCACUUAACUUGUUUGGUAAGAUGAAGGAAACUGGAGUGAAACCAUCUGUUGUGACAUACAACAGCUUGUUAAUGGGUUACUGUGAGAAGGGGUGCAUGGAUGAAGCAGUCAAACUGUACUCAGAGAUGCCUGUGGAAGGAUUUGUACCUAAUGUUUUCACGUACACAUUUUUGAUGAAAGGGUAUAUCAAGAAGAAGGCUUUUGACAAGGCCUAUGCCCUCCUUGAUGAAAUGAAACAAAAUGGAGUUUCUUGCAAUGAGUAUACACAUAAUGUUCUCAUAAAUGGCAUUUGCAUGAGUGACCGGAUUUAUGAAGUUGAUGAAAUGUUGAAGAACUUCAUAGCUGAAGGUUUUGUCCCGACCACAAUGACGUACAACAGUAUCAUCAAUGGAUUUGUGAAAGCUGGUAUGAUGGGCUCAGCAUUUGCUAUGUAUCAGCAGAUGCGUGAGAAAGGUAUACCCGCCAACAUAGUAACAUAUACCAGUUUCAUUGACGGUUACUGCAGGACCAGUUGUUGUGAUCUGGCACUUAAAAUGCUAAAUAAUGUGAGGCGCAAAGGCCUUCAACCUGACAUUGCUGCGUACAAUGCUUUAAUAAGUGGGUUUUGCCAUGAAGGGAAUAUGUCUCAUGCACUGCAAUUUCUUGUUAUUCUGCUGAAAGAUGGUCUAACACCCACAUCUUCCGUCUACACUAAUUUUAUUACCGGGUACAAGGAUUUGAAAAUGAUGAAAGAAGCUUCCAAAUUCUAUGAGAGCAUGAUUAAAGAAGGAAUUGCCGCUGAUACAGUAACAUACACUACCUUAAUCGACGGUUUCUCAAAAGAUGGCAAUGUAGCCUUUGCAUUGGAAUUGUACUCAGAGAUGAUGGCCAAGGGUAACAUUCCUGAUGAUAUCACUUUCACAGUGUUAACACAUGGCCUUUGCCGCAUUGGAGACAUUGAUGGUGCUAAGAAGUUAUUGGAUGACAUGAGGAGAUUGGAUGUACGCCCUAAUGCUCUUAUUUAUAACAUGCUGAUAAAUGGAAGCCUCCGUGAUGGUAAGGUGCAAGAAGCAUUCCAGUUGCAUGAUGAAAUGCUCAACAUUGGAAUUGUUCCUGAUGAUACAACGUCUGACAUAUUGGCUGGCCAGAAAUCUCCGGAAGCAGUGCAUGACAACAUUGGGAAACUGUUAAAUAAAGAAAAACCUUAA